AUGACCGAAAAAGACCCCAAGCCGACUUCCGAGGAGUCGAAAAAGAAGGACAAAGUGGAAGUUGACACAGUCCCAAUUGAGACCGAUCAAACGGCCGAAGAGCAAUACCACAACUACGACGACGAUGAGUUCGAAGAGUUUCCCGCUCACGAAGAGCUUCUUGAUCUGCCAACGGAAGAAACUAACGAUGUAAAUGUGUGGGAGGACAAUUGGGAAGAUGAGAAUGUUGAGCAGGACUUUUACAAACAACUACGGGAAGAGCUGCAGUCCGUUGGGAAGAGGAUUUAG